AUGGCUUCCGUCCGCCGCGACUCAGCCGGCAGUACAGCUCCUCCAUCACCACGAUUUCAACAAUGCAACGACGAAAUGAACCCGUUGGAUUCACAAUCGUCCCAGGAUCAGUCGCCUCCACCACCACCACUUCUGACGAUUCCCUCAUUGCUGUCCCCGUACCCGGAUUCAGCCUCUCCUCCUCGUUCCAACUCGGUCGAUCUGUCGACCCUUCGACGGGACAUCGAACUGCUGUCGAUUUCAUCCGGUGACAGCCCUUCUGAAUCCGAAUUUGAACCACCAACACCAGCUGAGAGCGUGAAGACAGUGAGAUCGCGAAGUCAUGAUCCAGCCAAUGCAGCAUCGGUUCUACGACGACCAAGCAGAAUCGAGCAUUUGUCCGAGCUGUUCAGGUGGCACAACGAAUUUUAUCGAGAUUUUUUUAUAUAUGAUGAUGUCAGUGUUGUGAAUUGUUGUACUUAG